UAAGCAAAUGCGAUGUUUCCCACUCUCUAAAUCGAUGCAAGAGGUAACAUUUCGAUGCAUGGAGUUAAAUGUCGGCGUUAAAGAGCCGUAGUAACUCGUUAGCUGGACUAAGUCUAGACGCUGUGCUUGGCGGCGAGAUCGUUAUACAACCGUCAUCUCCCCCAUCGCCACCACCUUUACCAUCAAAAUCUCUUGUACCGCACCGCGCAACAAGCCAAACGCUUUUUGAUAUCAUACGUGAGGAAUACGCCAAAGAAGGGCACAAAGAUCGUACCACGUGGCAGAUUUUCCGUGAGAAACUCCGUCUCAAACGAACCGGUUCUGCUUGGACCUCGUCUCUUCAUAUCCCUGCUUCGGAUAUUCUUAUCCCUAAUCCCAAACACCUUGGAACAGCGUUCCGAUCACACUCCGCCGGUUUAAACAUCCGAGAUCUGGUUCACGCUAUACCGAUGUCUGAUCCACCUGGUUCUUCAGGACGCGCUAUGUUCACACGCGGAUCAUCAAUGCGGGUCGGGUCGAGCAAAAACCCGGACGAUUCGCCUGACAUCAGCGUUCUUGGAGAUGGACCACCGUCUAGGAGUUUUAAGCCGCAGUUAUCACGGCACGAUUCCGUUAGAGAUCACAGUGACGGCGAAGAAGAUAACAGACGACGUCAUCCGAUCGUCACGUUCGUGGAAGAGAGGCAAAUGUCGGCGAGAGAAGCGGUUGCUGCUCAAGAAGCGGCGGAAGCUGAAGCGGCGGCGGCUGGAGGAAGCGAAGACGAAGAUGACGAUGACGAAGAGGAUGAUUCAGGAGAAACAGAGGAGAGAAAAUCAUCUUCAGGUUCUGAACCGAAACAGACGAUGUCUCUGAUGGAUCUGUUGGAAGAAACAGAUCGACAAAUGGGAUUAACAGGAUCGAGAUACGCCAUGGAUGAAGAUGAAGAGUACGAAGAAGACGAAGAAGAUGAGAAUUACGAAGAAGAAGGAGAUGGUCAAGGAGGAGGAGAAGGUGAGCUUAGUUGCUGCGUUUGCAUGGUGAAAAUCAAAGGCGCUUCUUUUACACCUUGUGGUCACACGUUUUGUAAGCUCUGUUCUAAAGAGCUUAUGGCUCAGAAAGGUCACUGUCCUGUUUGCAGCAGCUUCGUCCUCGAGUUCCUUGAGAUCUUUUAGAAACUAAUUUUGAAACUUUUUGUUUA